GCGAUGCAGAAUCCAGGAGUGACGAAAAUCGCAACGUGGAGAAUAACCAAGAGGCUGAUGGUAGUAGUCGACCGGACUGUGCUGUAUGCUCCAGUCUCCUAUGGAACGCCGAUGGGAAAAUAGUCAGGGAUUACUCAAAAGCAGUUCCAGGUUGGCUAAACAGCAGAGUGUGUGGUGUCCUUUCUAAUCUACUCGUUCUAACACUCCUCGGUUGUUCCACGUUCACACUGGGCUGGUAUGUGGUUGCUUAUUGGGGUCAUGUCAGGUACAUCAAUCAUUUCGUCUCUUUCAUUACUUUUGUUGACAUCAUAUCCGGGGUGGCCUUAGUUUGUAUAUUUUCCAACGCGUUCCAGUACUGUCGCCGGGGACCAGUGCUAGAUUGGUCGUGGUACGAUAUUCUUCAUCAGGACUAUAUACUGAGGCGUUUGAGAUGCCUGGCCGGUCGUAGGUUCCCCUUACCCAAGAAGGUGCUUUUGAUCUUCAGUUUGGUCUGGCUACUUGUAAACUAUACCAUGCAUGUUGCCAGUCUCGUUUGUCAUCAGGGGCGACCCCAUUCUUCGAGAAUUAUCAACGACUCUGUCAUGCCCAUUGGUAAUUCAUCAGUCCAUCUGAUGAGAUCUGCACCCACGGCGUUUACGAUUUUAAGAACGGCCAUGGGAAUCUCUGUCUCAAUCAUCAGUCUCGCCAUCUACACUUGUUUCUGGUAUAACAUUCUUAUCAUGCGCACAGCUUUGACAGCCGAGUUAAAUCUGGUGAUAGAUUUCAUCAAGCGCAAUACGGGGAACUUAGACUUGUGUCGUCGCCGUGUAUUUGAGGUCAAUCAUGAUUUCCGUAUCCUGCACGGGUUGUUGGCGACUCUGAUGCCGUUCAUUGUCGCUUCUUCCGUUUUGGGCCUCACAGUCCACAUCACGUGGAACUACCACAUCUACAGCUUCAAAGACAAAGGCAUCGCGAUGCGAAACCUUCUCAUCAACAUCUCCAUCUUCACUUCGAAAUGUUUUGCUCUCAUCUUACCUUUACUAGCAGUGGGUGGGAUCAACAUUGAUUUCAUCUGGCAGCAGUUUAAUUACGCCCUCAUGCGGCAGAGAAACAGUCUUCAUGAGGAGUUUUGGGAGCGGCUUUUGGGGUUUACUGCCGAGCUACAAGAUGAACGUAAAGCCGGCCAUAACUUGAUGUUGUUUCUCUCACUGAUCAGCUUAUACCUUGGUCGCAAUCUGCCAGAGCAGCGACUUGACUACACUCUUGAUCAUUGAAUGUAUGAAAAGCGGUUAGAGGUCUCUACAACCUGAACCUAUCUGACGUCAGACUUUGACGCACGUUCCACUUCUGACACCAUGGGUCAUAUUAUGCAUAAAAACUAGUAUUUUCUUUUACUUGUAAAUAUCAAGUGUUUACUACCAUCCAUACGAAUAAAAGGAAAGAAAGCUUUUACUGGAAAGUAUUUACUAACAUGCUAAAAGUAUAUCUACUUUUAAUGAAAAUUAAAUCCUUUUCUUUUUAGCACUUACUUACUUUCACAUGAAUAAAAAGGAGAAAACUACAAAAUGCUAGUAUGUACUGGUCAUUUUUCAAGGUAGCUCCAGAGCUACCUUGGACACAGAAGUAAAAGGCUUAUCUGAAGAAAUGACGGUGUUUAUGAAUGUUCCUCACAGGAUAAAAUGUUUUAGUCCAAAUGAAGGACAUCACUGAAAUAUUAAAUAGACACAUGCACAGUGUUUCACAACAGAAACAAUGCACACAAACUCAAACUGCUUUUAAACAAAUUUGUUUAUAUUUUUGCUGAGGAUAAAAUAAAAACGUUUGUAAAAAAAACGUUUUGUAUCAGUAAAGCAAGCUUUUUUAAAGAUAUAAAGCAAUUUUUCGGCUCAGACAUGAAUGCCUCGGUCAUUAAGGCUCAGAAAAGGUAAUUUUUUAAACAAUUAAAUGCAUUUCAAUAGAAUGUUGUUCGUGUUACUAUUAAAACUUCUAAGUUUAAAUUAAAUAGCUAUGCUCAUAUCCAGCUCUCAUCUUCUCUAUAUUAUAGCACUGUAAGUUUCAAAACCUUAACAAAAACGUUUUGAUUCUGGGUGUCCAGAUGAGUCGUCUUCAUCAAAAUGUUGUCAGAAUAAAAAUCUCAUGGCUGACUUGAAGAUUUCUAUGUUUCUAUUAAAUCAAAUGCUGCUUUAUAGCUCUGGUGUGUGAGCGCGUACGUAGACGUGAAUGGGAGUUGUAAUACAAAGGAAACCUUUUGUUA